ACCUCCACCGCAAACAUGUCGCCUUCAGAUUACGCCAGAAACCGCGCCGCGAAUUGGACUCCACCGCAUCCCAUAACGGAGGAAGACAAGGCAAUCAGAAGCCUGAAGAAAGCGUGGUUGAAAGCCGGAAAGCAGACGAGCUGGCCCUCAUCUGCUGGAAAAGAGGUCAUGAUCGUCAAACUCCACGAUUUUGAAAUCUACCACCCUCCACACAAAGCCAAGUUCCCGUACGAGCUCACCUCAUUGCAUCUUCACAGCGUCAAAGCCAGCAAGCUCAACUUCAACGGCAUCCUGUCCAUUGGACGAACCCAACAUUAUGUGGAGCUUGUCGACAUCGUUCAUACAUCGAUCGAAGGCUAUGGCGACGACGCCAGCACUAAGAUCUACAUUCAGUCCCGUCUCGCUGGUCGAGACAGAGAGUUCGAUAUCUGGUACGAGCUGAAGGCUCCUUGCGAACAUUACAGACUCUAUCAAGAAGCCUUCCUUUGGAUCGCCACUUUCGCAAAACACACCAUCGAUUACAUGGAAGUGCAACCAUCCUCCUCCGUCACCCUCUCCCACUUCCGAGAUGACUUCCACGAAUGGUUACAACAGAAAUUCGGCAAUGACCCAGAGUUCACGACGUGGUUGGCAACAUGCGGCGACAGGACCGACUUCCGCUCCGACAUCAACACCUACGUCGACUUUUUGAGGAACCAGUGCAUCGGCCAGCCAACUUCAAAAUCUUUACUGAGACAUCCAGUCUGGUCUGAGUGCUUGAGAGGCGAGCGAGAAGCCAUCCCCGCACAACCCGUUGUCUGCAACAAGACGAUCGCCACGCCUUUCGUCUAUGAUCACUUCAAGAAGAUGUACUUUGGGAAGCGACUCGAGAAGAUGCAGCCAGACGAGAAAGUACAAUCCCAGACCGACGAACGGAAACUAGCCUUAGGAUUCCCAGAAGAUCAAGAAGAGUCGAAGAAAACCCGUUCUCGGACCACAUCAUCAGGACCAGUUUCAAGAGAUAGUAUCAACGUUGGCGAUGUGGUUGAAGUUCAACCGGACGACGAGACUCGCUGGUCCUCUGCUGGCCAGGGGUGGGCUGCUUAUGUUCAAGGUAUCAAACCAUUGAAGAACGGCGACGCCAAGCUGGAUGUGAUCUGGCUGUACGAACCAAGCAACACCGUCAUAUCAGACAUGACAUACCUAGUCAAGAAAGAACUCUUCUUCUCCGACCAUUGCAACUGCGACUGCGAAAGCCUUCUUGUUAGUGAGGUCCUCCGGAAAUGCACAGUCGCCUGGAACCCAGAUUCUUUGAACACGGAUGCCGAUUACAUUGUCCGCCAAAAGGUCAAUGUUGCAGAGGGAUCACAUUCAUGGGUCACACUCAAAGAGAAAGAACGAUAUUGCUGCCAUUACGCUCCUGAUAGGAACACUGGACAGCCAUCAUACAAAGUCGGAGACUGCGUUUACAUUCUUCCAAAAGCAAAAGGAGGUAAACAUGAAGAGCAGCCGACAUUAGAGCCAGUCGUGAUCGAACAGAUCAAUGAAGACUUCGACGACGUAAUGACACGAAAGCUACUCCGCGUUAAUCGCGAUUGCCGUGGCAUGACUAGCACCUCCGCGAGAGAUCUUGCAAAGGCGGCGCCCAAUGAACUGGCUUGGACAGAAGAACUGGACACAGUAUCCAUGAGUCGUAUUGUCCGCAAAUGCCAUAUCAGGUACUUCCAUCACGACGAAGUCCUCAACAACCGCGUUCCUAGUCCAUACAGCAAGCAAGGUCAAGGCGACUACUGGUUCGUAUCCUCGAGAAUCACCAAGAACGGACGACUGGAGUACACCACCCGCCAACCAGGACCAUUCAACCAAGGCAUGAAUCCUGACAAACUGCCGGUACCACUGAGAGGAAUGAGUCUCUUCUCUGGAGGAGGUAAUCUGGACAGAGGCCUGGAAGAGGGUGGCGCCGUGAAGUUCAAAACUGCUGUGGAUCUCGCACAAGAAGCCAUCCACACGCAUCGAGCCAACGCAGAUGUCCCUGAAAAUCAUAACUUCUACUAUGGAUCAGUCGACGACUACCUCAAGGCGAGACUAUCUGGAAAAGAAGUUAAAGACAUUGCUCGCAUCGGAGACGUCCAGUACAUUGCUGCCGGAAGUCCUUGUCCCGGAUUCUCGCUGUUGCAACCUGAUUUUGAGAGCAACAAAUCCGUCGGCCAUGCAUCACAUGUCACCACAUGGCUGAGCUUCGUCGAUACCUAUCGCCCAGAACGUGGCCUCAUGGAGAACGUCGUCAGCAUGUCGGCCAAAAGAAAGGGGUUCGAGCAAGAGAAGGUCUUUUCCCAGGUUGUCGCUUGCCUUGUAGGACUUGGAUACCAGGUCUGGUUUGGCAUUGUCGAUUCAGAAACCUGUGGCAGCGCCCAGUCUCGGGCGCGCCUUUUUAUAUCGAUUGCGGCACCAGGCCUCACGCUGGCGGAGAGGCCUUCACAAACUCACAAGUACCGCAAUUUCCGACCCAGGAGCAUCGGACAGACCGAGAUUGGAGAGAACUUCUCCAGCCGGCAGGAUCCGGUGACUCCCUUCCCAUUCACCACCAUCGGCCAGGCCACAGGCCACCUCCCGCCUCUCGGAACCGGCAGCGUCCAGGCCUGCAUCCCCUUCCCUGACCACCGAGUGGUCAGGGUCGCAAACGAACUGGACCGACAACUGAUCGGCCGGAUCCCCCUCCUCCCUGCUGGACAGGGAUACGUGGAGGCCUUCGAGCAGGGUUUGAUUCCCAAACGCCUGCAGAAAGGCAAGAAGAACCCGGGCAAGUCGUUCAAGCGGGUGGUGGAAGCUGGCACCUUCCCCACCGUGACGACGAACGUCAACCCGGCGGACGCCCACUGCGGCCAAGUGCUGCACUACAAGGAGGAUCGGAUCCUCAGCAUCCAGGAGGGCCGGAUGGCCCAAGGAAUCCCGGACCACGAGGUCCUCAUCGGCUCGUUGAGCCAACAAUGGGGCAUAAUCGGCAAUGCCGUCGACCGCCAUGUGGCGGUUGCCAAUGGCCUGGUUUUGCGAGAGGCCGUCGAGAAGGAUCUGGAGGGGGCCGCGCUGGCGCAGCCUCCUCAGCAUCAUUCGAAGAAGCGCGCCCGGGGGGGCGACGACGAACUGUCGUCCCCAAAAAGCACGACUGAAAAGUCCUCUGCAAAGAGGCAAAAACCAACCGGUAGCCAACAGCAGGCUACCGCGGCGCCCGGCCUCCGGAGAACAAGACACUCCGGAAUGAAGGUCAAAUUCCUGCCAAGAUCAAUGGCAGAGAAAAGGCGUUGGGACGGGGAUUCGGAGUAA